UUACACAAUAAAAAUAUUGUGAGAACGGAGCUGCGAAACCCAACGAUUUGGCAACUAGUUCGCAUAAAGCUUGCAGUUUGAACUUAAAUACUAAGUUGACGGUUCAAGUGAUAGUUUCGUGGAUUUAGAUGAAGUUGUGAAAAUAAGAAGAGAAGAGCAGCCAAAAUUACGUGACCAGACAUUGAGCCAAAAAUGGCAAAUUUGGUGAUUAUUGCGUUAUUGGCAACAACGGUCGCAGGGAUGCCCCCUUUAAAGCAAGGUAACCUUGACUGCGACUGCGCUGCGAGAAUCUGUGUCCCAGUUUUAAAGUGUGAGGAUGGAUUCAUUGGAAAAGAUGAGUGCAAAUGUUGCAACAUUUGCAUUAAGAAAAAAGAAAUGUCAAAGUGUGGUGGUAUCGAUAACAUGGGUGGAGCAUGCGACAAGGGGAUGAUUUGCCGGAUUCGGCACCCAAAUUCAGGCGAAAACAUUCAUUUGCCAAUAGAGGCAAAAUAUGGCAGAUGUGAAAAAGCGGCAUGCAGAGAUGUAACCUGUGGAAAGCAUCAAUGGUGUUCCGUUAUGAACGGCAAGCCUACUUGCAGCUGUCAUUUAAAAUGCAAUGAGCGUAAGAAGGAGCCAGUUUGUGGAUUGAAAGACGGGAAGAACUACCCUAACCACUGCGUCGUCAGAAAGCACGAAUGUGAAACACAGAAAGAUAUCGGCUACCUGCCAGGCCCAUGUGUCCCAUGCCAACUAAACAAUAAAGAAUACAAGUUUGGAGAUGUUGUUCCUUCUGGCGAACAGUGUGAAAGUUGCACUUGUAGACACGGUAGAUGGAUAUGCUCUUUUAGCCUGUCUUGUUUGAAAAAGGAAGUUUACAAGGGCUACGAAUGCACUGGAUAUACUAAGUUGCACGACGAAAUACUAUGUGGUGACGGGUUUAAGUGCAAGUUCACGAAGAUGAGCGAUGGAAAAGCUGGCCUACCAGACCUCGGUGUCUGCGAGAGACUGAACCCAGCCAAGACAUGCGGGCUCCCUUCAGAGUCUGGAAGCUGCUACGGCUAUUUUAAAAGAUGGUAUUUUGACGUCAAAAGCAGGGCUUGUAAGAAAUUUAUCUAUGGAGGCUGUGAGGGAAACGACAACAGAUUUAAAUCUCUUGGUGUAUGUAAACAAAUUUGCAGUGGAUACACGGGACCUGAAAUAAAUCCCGACAUAAUCAUAAAGGAUGAAACAGAAAUUCCAGUUGUGCCAGAGAAGCCCCUUGUACCUGUAAAACCUGAUGUAAAACCGGACAUAAAACCGGAUAGAAAACCGGAUUUACCUGACGUCCCAUCAAAACCGGAUGUCCCAAAAGUGCCAGUGAAACCUGAUGUCCCAAAAGUGCCAAUGAAACCUGAUGUCCCAAAAGUGCCAAUGAAACCCCAUAUCCCAAAAGUGCCAGUGAAGCCUGAUUUCCCAAAAGUGCCAGUGAAACCUGAUGUCCCAGAAGUGCCAGAAAAACCUGAUAUCCCAGAAAACCCCAAAAUGCCAGAAAAGCCCAGCGUUACCGAAAUCCCUCCAAUCGCGGCAUUUGAAUUAUCUAAAAAAACAAAAAUUGGCAAUAUUGGCAAAUUUUCUGUGGAGUCACCAGACGCUCCCAUUCAAGUAAGACGGUCUGCACCUGCCAUAAAAGUAUCAGUCAAAAAGGAACCACUUUCGGGAUGCAAAUUCCAGAACAAUACUUACAAGGCAGGAGAGGAGUUUAUUUCUGGAGACUGCAGAGGAAAGUGCAAAUGUUAUGGCGACAAUAAUUUGGGAUGUGUAUCGUUAUGCCCCCCAGAGCAAGUAGUCUGUGGACCGAACGAAAAGCGUGUUCAAGUUAAAGUGCCUGUUGGCUCAUCAAAGUGUACAUGCACAAGAGACAGAUGUGUUAAAUCAGAGCUUGAACCAAUGCCGUUUACCAAAGAUCAAGAUAAACCACAAGAUGUUACGAAGCCAGAGUAUUCUGACGAAGUUAUCACAAUCCGUGGCAAAGUUACUUUCGAGAAAUCACCGGGAAAGCUGCCUACACCAUCAUGUCUUCGUGUUGUCUUUGAAGACGUAUCGGUACAAGAUGACGGAUCUGUCGUGUACAAAACCGAGGAAUUCAACGUAUCAAAUUCAGACAUCAGCGCCCAUUAUGACUACAAGUUCAAGACAAAAAAGCCAAAGACACACCAUGAAUUCUAUGCUGUAAGUGCUGUUCUAAAUGUAGGCUGGUGUGCCUCCCCAGACUCGAAUGACUGGAUCAGGAAUUUUGAUUUUCUGUCCGAUUCAACAAUUUAUGUUCCUUUACGUGAUGGUACAACAGAUUAUGAAGUCGACGUGCCAGUAAUAUAUUAUUGUAGGGGAAAGAAAUGUCCUGCAACGAACGAAAAAGCACAACCUGAAGCCAAAAGUGAGAUUCUUGGGGAAACACCCCCCAUACCUGAUCUUCUAAUAGAUCCCUAUGAAAGCCCUGAACCUCCUCAUGGAAUUCUUGGAGAUCCAACGGAAGCGGACUGGGUAGAUGAUUACGUUCGGGCUCCAGAAUACGGGCCUGGGAAUAUAACUAUCCAUGGAAAGUUAAAAUUCAACAAAUCUCCUGGCAAGCUUCCUAAAAAGUCCUGUUUACGUAUCAGUUUCCAAGAUACUGGAUUGGCUGAUACUUCAAGUGUAUCAUACAAGGAAGAUGUACUGGAUCUCUCUGGUGUUGAAAUUGGAAAUGUCUAUGAAUACAAGCUUAUGUCCAGGAGACCACAGAGAACGUUUGGAUUCAGUGUUAGCGCUACUCUCAAUGUUGGCUGGUGUCCGGAUAAGGACUCGAAACAAUGGCUGAAAAAUAAAGACUUCCUUACUGACACUAUGUUUAACGUUAAGUUAAAACCAGAUUCGGUUAAUUAUGAAAAGGACCUGAACCUGGUGUAUUACUGUUAUGGAGCUGAUUGCCCUGUAAAGAAGCCUAAGAAGUUACCUAGCAAGAUUGAGUCAAAGUCAGACUUGAAAGACCAACUAAAUAUGCCACCCAUUCAGUUUUCGAGUGAGAUUUCAGAGAAGCCAGAAUACCCGAAGACAGGUUCUUCUGACGCGUGGAGUGUUAAUGGUAAACUUAGGUCCAUUCCAGUUUCUGAAAUGAAGAGCGAGACUUUGAAGAAAAUGGAUGAAAUGGACGAAACUGGCAAAAAAACUGGUUAUUCGCACGACAGAAAACCUGUGUAUGGGAGCAAAAAUAUGACAAUUCAAGGUGUGAUGAUGUUCAACAAAAUUCCUGGAAAACUACCAGCGCCAUCAUGUUUAAAGCUGUUUUUUGAGGAUAUCUCAUUUCAAGAUGUUAAGUCUGUUCUAUAUGCAGCAGAGACGUGGGAUAUGUCAGGCAUCGAGUUGCAGCAGAAAUUUAAAUACUCAUUUCUGACCAAAAAGCCAAAAGACUUGAAAUCUGUGUACAGCGUGGGCAUUGUUCUCAAUGUUGGUUGGUGCCCUGGUAACGAAACAACUUCUUGGAUUCGAAACAAUGAUUAUCUUUCGGAUAGUUCACUCAAAGUCCCAUUGAAAGAAGAUGAAGACACAUAUAUAAGAGAUAUUCCCAUUGUCUUUUAUUGCAGAGGACCAACAUGCACAGAAAAGGGACUGCCUGUUCCUGCUACUACUGAAGCCCCUCCUUCUACCGAAAACCCAGACAUUGUGGCUCCAAUCAGGCAGCUUGAUGAUUCGUCUGGUAAGGGAGAAUCCAGCAAAAAGGAUCCAAAAACUGAAGGGGAAACGAAGAAGGUGUCAACAGAAGAGAAGCCAAAACCUUUGCCAGUAUCGCCUCCCUUGAUAGAGCCAAUUAAGCCAAGGCGUCACAGCAAGUGCAUCGAUUACGAAACUAAAAUUGAGUAUAACAUUGGUGAUGAAUGGUACGGUUCUGAUGAUUGCAUCCACUGCACUUGUAGUAGAGACGGCUAUCCAGUGUGUUCGUCGCCCAUGUGUGCACUGCCGUUUUGUAGAACCGGGCCUGCAAGGCCUCAAAAGGGAAGAUGCUGCCCUGUGUGUCCCGAACAUCACGUCUGUAAGAAGUCAAACGGAAGGGUGGUGGUUGAACACGAGAGGUGGCAGGAAAACAAUUGCAGUGUAUGUGAAUGCACUACAAAAGGCAUCGUUUGUGUGGAUCCAAGCUCAGUGAAACAGAACUGCAAACGGCGUCAGCGGUGGAAUGGGAAAUGCGAGCCGAUCUGUAUUGAUGAUAUAAUUCCACCCCGCAAACUGGAGAAGCCCAAGUUUUGCAAUAAACCUGAUGGAACAGCUGUUUCAUUUGCCUCUGAAUGGAAUAUUGACAACUGUACGGCAUGUAGAUGCACGCGGUCUUAUGGUGUCCUAUGCAGAUCUCCGGAUUGCGAUUUCACUGAUAACAAUUGCCAGAAACUGGUGGAUGUACCUGGAGAAUGCUGUCCGGCUUGCCAGCUAAAAAAAUGUCAUCAUCGCUACCGUUACUACUCUGAAGGCGAAAAAGUAAUCAAAGACGACCGCCGUACCGUAUGUGAGUGCAAAGAGGGUGAUUGGUCUUGUGACGACCCACCAACCGAUGAAAAAGAAUUGCCAUGAUGACUGACAUUCAGAAUUAUUAGACAUUUUGUGAAGAUUUUCAUUUUUAUCACCGUAGUGGUUAAAUUUUUACUAUUGACAGUGUAAGUCAGAAUAAAUGUCCUCGCGACUACUAAGGACAUUUUUUUUCUGUCAUACGUCGAUCACGUUUUUCAUGUUAUAAGGAGAGAUAUAUUAGGCCUGCAUUUUUCUGUUUUUGUCAAAAUGUUGUGUUUCAAAAUGACAGCAUGCGUCACAAUAAAAUGAAACCUUUCAAAAGAAUGAUCAAGUGAAGACUGGAUUCUUUUAAAACCAUAACAACAGAACCUUAAGAAACACUGUUAAAAUUUUGCGUACCCUUGCAAAAACCUCGAACUUUAAUUUACCUAAUAUUUCAAAGUGACUUAAACUUUAGUAAAACUCGAUCUUUGCUUAUUAUCGUAAAAUAAGCAUAUCCUCAAGUGGUUUGUUUUUUUAUACCUAGAUUAUUGGAGAUCUGUAUUAUAAUUUUUCUAUUCAUUUAGAAUGAAUUAAACUAUUUUCGACAAAA